AUGUCCAUAGGCCCAGAACGUGACACUAAAAUAAAUUAUUAUGCCAUUCUAAAAAUAGACCAAAAUGCGGAUGCGCAAAUCAUCAGAAAACAAUACCUGCGGCUAGCCCUACAAUACCAUCCGGAUAGAAACCCUGGCCAAGAGGAUAAAUAUGUACAGUUGUUCCAGCAGUUACAACUAGCACACGAGGUUUUAGGUGACCCAUCCAAAAAACGUGUUUAUGAUAGUUUGUACCAUGAAGUCUUACGAAAUACCCGGACAGAAGGUCGAAAAACAAAAACAACACCUAGGAAGUCCACAGGACGAGCAUCUAAUGCGUCAAACCAAAACUCGCAAUCUUAUAGUGGCCGUAGUGCCUACAGUGCAUACAAUUCUCCUAAAGGUCAACGUAAUAACAGCCCAGGGAACAAAAAUAAAGCUUACUCACAGAGCUGGUUCAAUUCACGGGGGAAAAACAACCGACCUACCUCGUCUUCCUCUUCUGGCUCUCCUAAUUCGCGUCGAACAGGAGACUCCAGAAAAAACAACACCUCUACGAAGUCACCAAAGCCCGCUUCUAGUUACUCUUAUGUUUACCAAAACCGGUCGCAGAAGUAUGAUCCUCAUUCGGGCAUUGGUAUUCGGACCACGAAAACGGAGCCUGCAGAGCAAACAAAAGAAAAUGCAAACCCAGCAGCCGGCUCGUUUGACCCCGCCGCAUCAAAAUCAUCUAAUGCCUUUGCAGAUGAUAAUUUAAAUGAAGACGAUGUCCCUCCUGCAGCCUCCAAUAAAGGCUUUGCUGCCAAUUCACCGGAACCAUCUUCGAAUCCUGCACCAGAUUCUUCAUUUAAUCCUUUUGAGAUUCCAAAACCGGAGAGCACAUUUCCUUCGUCGGGUAUUCCCCCAAACACCGACAAUCCUUUCGCCUUUCAACCGUCAGCUGCGAGCGGUACCUCUUCUUCUCGUACUCGUUUACGCCAAAAUAGAAGUCGACUAAAUACCCGAAAUCAAGCAUCAACGAAACCUGAAAGCUAUUUCCAAACGCCUCCGCGACCCACCAACUCAUUUCCUUCAGCUGAUGCUGAGAACGCCAAUUUCCAAAAAUUCUCCCAACAAGCGACUCCGGAGGAGCUGCGAAAUUCUCAACAAAAUCCCUUUUUCUUUUCCCCAAAUGCAUUUUCAAAGCAAGAGCCCAUACCGUCCCCGCCUAAAUCUUUUCAACGUCCAGCCGAAUCUAGAAGAAGACGACCUGGAAAUUCCAAGCAUCCAGGCAAAACUGAUCCAGAAGUCAUUUCCAACUUGGAUAACCUAUUUAAGAACAUCGAUCUCUCUGCAACACCUGGGAAGGUUAGCCUUCCUGAACUUCCGCAGCUCGAUGUGCCUUUACCUCCUGAUACCGUGCCUUCAAUGGAUGAUUUGCGAGAAAUUGGAAACUAUAUGACGGCCAUGUCAGUUUACCAAAUCAAAUGGUGCAAAUAUGCUAUGGAGAUGAACCAGUUUAUAGCUUCGUGGAACAUUGUGAAAAACAAAGUCAUCAAUUCUGGAACUGUAGACUGGUCUCUGUUUCCGGAUCUCGCAAAACACUGGUCACAGUACAAUGAGUUUUGCAUUGCUUUUUCCAAACAGGAAGUGCAACAUUUCAAUGCUUUAAAAACUUUACAGUGGAUUAGAAAAUCAGCGAUGGCUACCCAAACAUAA